UUCCACACAUCCACAAAGAAAAAAAAGACCAUUCUCCUUCUUCUUCUUCUUCUAGUCACCCCCUCGUGCUUCUCAUUAAAACACCAAACCCCAAAACCAAAACUUUGUUCUCUUUCUUCUUUCCUUUUGCCAUAUCUGUUCACAUCUCUCUCUCAUCUUUUAUAUCUUUUUCGUUUUUAUGCCUUUGAUGAUCGAAAGUUUCUAUAUUUCUCUCUUUUUUCCUUCUCUGCUUACAACACAAUCUGCUCAAGAAGCUAAAGAAGAACGAUCAAGAAUCAAAACGGACAAAACGAAUCUGUUCUCUUAGCUAAUGGGUUCUUGCUUCAGUUCUCGAGUCAAAGCCGACCUCUUCCACAGUGGUAAGAGUAGCGAUCUGUUCGGACUAAGUCUCUCGAGUCGGAAAUCUUCAUCGACUGUAGCUGCAGCUCAGAAGACGGAAGGGGAGAUAUUGAGUUCGACCCCUGUCAAAAGCUUCACCUUUAACGAACUCAAACUCGCCACCAGAAACUUCAGACCAGAUAGUGUGAUCGGAGAAGGUGGCUUCGGUUGUGUCUUUAAAGGUUGGUUAGAUGAGACCACUCUUACUCCGACUAAACCUGGAACUGGUUUGGUCAUCGCUGUUAAAAGGCUUAACAAAGAAGGAUUUCAAGGUCACCGUGAAUGGCUGACUGAGAUCAACUACUUGGGGCAAAUGAGUCAUCCAAAUCUUGUUAAACUUAUUGGUUAUUGCGUAGAGGAUGAACACCGUCUUCUUGUCUACGAGUUUAUGCAAAAAGGAAGUCUUGAGAAUCAUCUAUUCAGAAGAGGUGCAUAUUUUAAGCCACUCCCUUGGUUUCUACGGAUCAAGGUUGCGCUUGAUGCAGCAAAGGGGAUUGCUUUUCUUCAUAGCGAUCCAGUCAAAGUGAUAUACAGAGACAUUAAAGCCUCCAACAUCUUACUUGAUGGGGACUACAACGCAAAACUUUCUGACUUUGGUCUAGCUAGGGACGGUCCAAUGGGUGAUCUAAGCUAUGUUAGUACAAGGGUCAUGGGUACAUAUGGCUACGCUGCUCCCGAGUAUAUGUCAUCAGGUCAUUUAAAUGCAAGAAGCGAUGUGUACAGCUUUGGAGUUGUGCUUCUAGAGAUUUUAACGGGUAAACAAGCGUUGGACCAUAACAGGCCGGCUAAAGAAGAAAACCUUGUGGAUUGGGCUCGACCGUACCUCACAAGCAAACGGAAGGUUCUCCUAAUCGUUGACACUCGGAUAGACACACAGUACCUACCUGAAGAAGCCGUGAGAUUGGCCAGCAUUGCGGUGCAGUGUCUCUCAUUCGAACCAAAGUCGCGCCCGACCAUGGACCAAGUGGUCCGUGCCUUGCAACAACUUCAGGACAAUUUGGGAAAACCAAGUCAGACCGAUCCUGUUAAGGAUACCAAGAAACUAGGUUUAAAACCUGGUUCCAAGUCAUCCGAAAAACGGUUUACACAAAAACCUUUUGGCAGGAACCGUGUUUAAGCUUAUACUUCUAAGAUUAAGCUGGUAACUGAUUUCCAGGAUGGAACAUUUUUCCGGUGGCUACUUGAAACUGCGUACAUAUCCGUUUUCAACGGAUUGAACACAGUUCUGGACAAAACCGUGCAUGUGGAGAAUGAUAACGGAUGCAUUACAUUUUUCCGGUUACCAGAGAACAUGUUUGGCCUUAGGCUUCCUUGUAUGCUGUUUAUAUCGAGUGAAGUAUAUAUAUGAUGAGGUCAUUUUUGCCUCUUGUAUUAUAACGCUCUUUGUAUUUUUGUUCCUUCAAUUUUUUUCCCUAACCGUAAUUUUGGAUUCGAACU